AACGAAAAUGAUUCAAAAUAACAGAAAAAUUCAAAUGCUGUUGAAGCAGAGCAGAAAAUAUAGGAUGUUAGCUUUGAUAUCUAGGAAGCUCUACAGGAAAUACGUUUCGUUACUCUCUAGUCCGGUUAAAUCCCGAAAACGUAGGGUGUGGUCAACUGUAGAAAAUUCUAGAUUUUGGGAAGAUGAAGUACCAAAGUUUAGUGAUAAAAAGUUCAAAAACACGUUUCGGUUUGACAGAUGUACGUUUAAUUUGUUGGUCAAAAAAUUACAUCGCCUGCAAAGAGAAGAUACUCUUUGGCGGUCUGCUAUUCGGUUGGAGAAACGCAUCGCUAUUGCCCUGUAUGCUUUCGGAUCGUCAGCGGAAUAUAGAACUAUUGGAAGUCUAUUCGGUGUAGGAAGAACAACUACGGGUGAACUGGUCAUUGAAAUCUGCAAUGCGGUUGUAGAUGUUGUGCAACACGAAGUGUUUGACGCAUACCCACCAACCUCGGAGAAGAUAUCAGAAAUAGUCGGUGGCUUCGAGAAACUGGGUUUUCCACAAUGCUACGGUGCCAUUGAUGGAUGCCAUAUAGAAGUCAAAGUACCAAAAAAUGAGGCAACCGACUACUAUAACUUCAAAGGAUGGCAUUCGGUUAUUCUGUUUACUGCGGUGGAUCAUCGUUACCGGUUCACAUAUAUCAACGUAGGAGUUCCUGGCCGUUCAAUUGAUUCAACUAUUUUUGAGAACUCUAAACUCAAAAAAGUACACUGCACGAACGAGACAUUUAAAGCGCAUUCAAAACUAAUCGAAGGGGUUGUAGUACCGAUACUGUUGAUCGGCGAUUCGGCUUUCAGACUGUCAAACCAGGUGAUGAAGCCGUUUCUAUUUUCUGUAGAUCAGCCGGAGCAUGAAAAGUUAUUUAAUUAUCAACUAUCAGCAUGCCGACGAGUUGUAGAGAAUGCUUUCGGCCAUCUGAAGGCCCGUUUCAGAAGAAUCGGGAAAGGUUUGGAGGUCGACCUAAAUAAUGUCAAUACAAUUAUCAAAACUUUCUGCAUUCUACAUAACCUAUGUAACAACCACAAUGACCAUAUUAACAAAAAAUGGAUGAUCCAGAUUCAAACCUUAAAUUCGAAGCAACAACCACAAAGAGGAUUGAUAGUAAGAGUCAAGAGAAGUCACACAAACGCAUCAGCAUCCAGGAUUAUAAACGCACUGAUGGUACAUUUCGGAGCGGAAUGCCUGCGGCUUGAUGAUGGCAGUGUUGGUGAUGGCGAUGAUACUGAUGAUGUCGGCGCAGAAGGUGACAUAAACAUAGAUUGAGCGAAUGUGUCGUUCUCCGGGUUGUACGCUUCAUCUAAAUACUCAGCAUCGCAGUAGUCAUCAUCUGGAACAAAAUAAAAGAUAUUGUUAGUUGCUUCGUUAAU